UUGCAGCGGUGGGCGUAUGUUGACAGUACAUGGAACCUAUCUCACCUCCAUCCAGCGACCGCGCAUAUUCGCCGUCUUAAAUCGACGCAAGUCCGAGGAAAUGACGUGCACCGUUCUCAACAUCACCGUGAUGCUGUGUCCGUCGCCGCGGUUACCGUCGCCGGCCGCAUCCGCGCUCCGCCGCGUCGCCAGGGAGACGGUUGCCGUGGAGACGAGCGCCACGUUGGGAUUCGUGAUGGAUGACGUCGCGUCUGUUAGAAACCUCAGCUGGAGUUUUCCGGAAGUGGACGCGGAUUUGGUUUAUGUUCCGAAUCCGGUGUACAAGCCUUUCGUGGAAGCGGGAAACACGAAGCUCUACCGGGGAGACUCUCUCAUCAUAGAGGGAGAGAAUCUGAACCUGGCGAGUGACACGGGUUGACCGUCGUC